AUGACAAACUUAGAAAACAUCUGUGGCAAGUUUAACUCCUCAAUAGAGAAUAUGAAACUUAUAGUUUGCAAUGAACUUCAAAGUAUAGAUACAACAAAAGUUUUGAACUCAGAUGCUUUGAAGAGUCUUAUAACAGACAAAGUUGGAGUUGUUGAAAGAAAAUAUAAAGACCAAAGAGUUUGUGAAAAUGUUGCAAACUUCAUUAUGGUUUCAAACAAUUCUGUUCCGAUGAAGUUAGAAAGUUCUGACAGAAGAUAUGUAGUUGUCAGAACGUCAGAUUCUCAUAUGCAAGAUACAGAAUAUUUUGACGACUUAGCAGAAACUUUGACAUCUGACUUUUACAACCACUUGUUCUCAUAUUUUAUGACAUUAGAUAUUUCAAAGUUCAAUCCAAGACAAAUUCCACAUACCGAAGAGAGACAAACAUUGUUAGAAGCAAACAAGAGUGUAUAUGAACUGUUCAUAGAUGAAACUGACUUUGAGUGUUUAGAUGAAAGGUCAUUGUACGAUUCGUAUAAACAAUAUUGUCAAGAAUAUGGUUAUAUGACAGCGUCUAAACGAACAUUCUUGGCAAAUGUCAAAAGUCUUUUAGACGUACAGAAUGGUGUAUAUACAAAGAAAAUUUUUUAUGAGUAA